AAACGCACGCAAAGAGAACAAACAGCUCUCGGCGGAGCUGUGCUCGCUGCGUAUGAAGUGGCAGAUGGCGAGCGACUCGGGCGUCCUCGCUGGGCUUCCCGACUGGGUCUCUGCUACAUCCGUGGCGAAGUUCUCCAAAAAGCCGCCGCUAGGAACCAGCAGCUCCGACUCGCGACUGCCAACGCCUAAAACCUCCAACAACGGUCUUUCGCCCGUGGUAGCAGCGGUGGUGCAGGACGCCUUAGCCAUUGGCAACGGCGCGCGUGUCAAGUUUGAGAUCCCGAAGUUGCCUCAGCCGGAGGCUGACGCGGGCACACCGUGGUCUGACGCCAAGUUGUCCGUACUUCAACGUCAAUUCCAAGACAAACGCCGAGACUAAUCUCAUGGUUAAUAGCAUGAAAGUUGCCGACUUUAAGCCUUUGAUUGAGAUUAGAUUGAUGGAGGUGGUGGUUAGUAUACUCUACGUCACAGAAAUCUCAUUCUCAUUUGAGAAUCUGCGGCCUUGAGGAACGAUGGGGAAGAUAAUACUCACUUGCGCGAUUGUUGGUGUGGGCAGCACGUUCGGCGUGGAAGUCGACGAUGGCGAGAAGGUGGGUGGGCGAGUUGAAGGAACCGAUCAAGCAGGAAAACUCGAUGGCUUGACCCAAAAGGCAAAAACCAUAUCCGCCACUUCAACAUGGAGACCACUACAAUAUCGCCGAGGGGGGGGGGGGGGGCUCAGCUGAGUCGUCAACAAUCAAUUUGACAACGAGUUUUAUUGGCCGAAAAUACAUUCCGGAAGGGCAGAUCCCGUUUAGGUACGAUGGCGAGUUCUCUUCCCUUUCUUCAUCCCAGAACUUGCCGCCUCGAGGGAAGAUGAAGCUCUUCUGCGCGAUCGAUGGUGGGGCAGGCCCCGCGUUCUCGGUGCGAGCGGACGAGAGCGACACGGUGGACGACUUGAAGGACGCGAUCAAGGCGAAGAAGCCAAACAAGUUGAAGGACAUCGAUGCAGGUGACCUGCAGCUCUUCUUGGCGAAGAAGGCAGACGGCGGAUGGCUCCCAGACGACGAUGACCUGGACAGGAUGCUGCAGAACAAUGUUGACACCUCGAAGAUGGAGAAGUUGCGCGCGUCGCGGAAUUUGGAGGAACUGUUUGGGACUGGCGCUUCGCUUGGAAAGAACGUGGUGCACGUGCUGGUGGUUGUUCCAAAGCCAAAGCAAGCGAUCUCGGCUUCAAUUGUCUCCCAAGAUGGUGUCUUUGAUCCCUGCAGUGAUCCGUUCUUCGCACAAUUCCCCGCGGUUGAGCAAGUAGGCGAUUGGCUCGAAUUUUCGUCGUUGCUGCCGUUAACAAAACGUCAGAAGCUCUACAUUCGUUCUUCGUACAAAGUGAUCGCCGACCAAGCACUGAUGAAUCCAGAUCGGACCAUGGUCAAGUAUGCUGUCGUCACGGGCACGCCUGGGAUAGGCAAGUCGGUGUUCGUCUACUACAUGAUGUGGAGGUUGAUCAAGGAGAAGAAACGCGUGCUGUUUUUCUCCAAGAAGGGACCGAUUUACUUUGAUGGGUCGACGAUGUUCCAGUGCGAGUUACUGCCAAAUAAGUUUGACCAACGAUUUUGGUCGCCUGACCUGUGGUGCCUCGUGGACUCGGUCGAUCCAACCGCUAUGACGGAAUUACCGAUAGAGGACUGCUCAGUACUUCUCGCAAGUACACCGCGACGAGACUGCAUUGGAGAAUUUAAGAAGCUCGUUCCAACUCCAGAUGUAUUCUACAUGCCACUGUGGACCAAGGAAGAACUCGCGAUAACUGCUCCCCUCUAUCCACAUGCAGCAUCUGUGUGGCGAAAUCGCUCAGACUGCUUGGGUGGUGUGCCUCGUCUUGUGUUGCAAGACAUUGGAACUGACCCGCAAGUGUUGCUGGAGACCGCAUGCAAUAGUUGCUCUCUUGAUGAGUGCAAGACGUUGGUGUCCAUCAACUCGGAGAUUAAUUCGAGGACCCAGAUGGCUCAGACUCUGAUUCACAUCCGCAGCCAAGAGCCAUAUACAGAGUACCAAGUUGUGUAUGCGUCGGAAUUGGCGAUGAAAGUGAUUGCUCGGACGAAGCUGAUAUCGAAUCGCGCGAACAUGGAAAGUUUUCUCAGCGCAUGCAACGGGAACCCGCUGGCUCAAUCGCUGUGCGGAUACAUCUUCGAGCCUCACUGUCUGCGACUAUUGCAUGAGGGUGGGAAUUUCGAGUAUUGAGAACUGUUGACUGGCGCCGAGAUGCAGCGUCAACGCAAAAGAGGCCGCUGAGAUAUUGAUGAAACAGAAAUUACAAUCCCAUCGUCAUCGAAGCCUUCUCAAAUUGUGGAGCGGGUGGAAGUUGAUCAAGUUGCGAAUCAGCUUUACGUGCCUCGGACAUCGAAUUAUGUCGCUAUUGAUGCAUGGAUGCCGCAGUUCGGUGGAUUCCAAGCCACUGUGGGAAAGAAUCAUGAAAUCAAGGCCGGCGCGGCAGAUGAUUUGGCGAAACUGGGUCUGGGUGGCAAUCAACUCUUCUUUUUGCUUCCACCGCUGUACUACAAAUCAUUCACCAAGAAGUCGCCCACGACAAUUCGGCAGUUUGCAAUCCUUGUUCCGUAUCCCGAAGAGAUUUAAUGGCACCGUACAAACGCGAUGAGUGCGAGGUGGGAGGAGAGAAAACUGGUGCUAAGACAAGCUUGAAACUCGCGAGUAAUUCGACAAUUCAACAUAUUACGUCUUCAACACUGCCAUAUCGGCGACCACUACGGACAGCUCAGCUGCAACUACUACUACGCCUACUGCUACCACCACUUCGGCGGCGGAUAUACACUUUUUCCUGACAUCUUUUUUUCUGGCUGUCUUCCUCGGGUGCACUGACUUGAACCGUAUUGAUCGCAUUGACACGGCGUUCAAUGGCUGCGUGAAUCUCACAGAACUGAACUUGGCGGACAGCCGGCUGUCGGCUUUAAAGGACUGUUGUCGUUCAUGAACUUGGACCAACUUGCUGUUCUCGUUGAGCGACCCUCACUUUGGUGACAAUCCCGUGUGUAGACUGUGUAAUUACCAAACGUAUUUGAUGUGCCAACAUCCCCGUUUGAGUUUCCAGGAUACCGUGGAGCUGUCAGCGCGCAUAGCGGAGGCCACUAUGAUCAUGAAGAAAAUGUACUAUAACAUGCGGGUUAAGGCGAUAAAGCGCGAUGUGCACCGAAGGAUUCGCCACGCCGAGACCAUUCGCAACCAGGCUGAGCAUCACAUAGAGACUAGCGUGUCGGCUCUGGUGCGACCUAAGAAGGAAAUUGAGAGGUUUUUGGUCGAGAACAGCGCUUGAAAGGAGGAAAUCACUGCAAAAGUGUCACAAGAUAUGAUCACUGCGUUGGAGAAGAAGCUGGAGUGUGUGAGCUCGUGUCUGCAGGACCGCUACAGUGGAGUGUAUCGCAUGAAUCAAGACUUUGAGUGGUUAAGGACAAGUUUGACGUAUACUUCCUAAGAUGAGCAUUGCGCGUCUAAUGCUGGAGCUGGAGACCGGCGGCAGUUAACUGUCGGACGCGUGGUUCGGCCGAACAAAAAGGCCCAAGGUCAACGUAAGUAGUCGAGUCGGGCACAUCGAUCGUUCAGCUUUUUUUCUGAUCGUUAUGUAUUUACCAACGAGCACUGCUCUGCACCUUCCUGACCACCAGCUACACCACCGCUAAGUAGCACCAGGUGGAGUCACCGCACGCAGCAACAACAACAAGGGUUUUCAUUCGAAAGAAUCAUGCCCAGGCUUUCUUACAAUGAAUACCCUCGCCAUAGUGACACGCCCUCAUCACAUUGUCAUUUCCGCUUAGGUACGAUCGUGAGUUCUCUUCCCUUUCUUCAUCCCAGAACUUGCCGCCUCGAGGGAAGAUGGUGACGCUCUUCUGUGCGAUCGUUGGUGCGGCGGGAAGCGCGUUCCCUGUGGACAUUGACGAGGAGAAGUCGGUGGACGACUUGAAGGACGCGAUCAAGGCGAAGAAGCCAAACAAGUUGAAGGACAUCGAUGCAGGUGACCUGCAGCUCUUCUUGGCGAAGAAGGCAGACGGCGGAUGGCUCCCAGACGACGAUGACCUGGACAGGAUGCUGCAGAACAAUGUUGACACCUCGAAGA